UCAGACACGCAUGUGUAUUAUUAUACAAUACAUAGCCAUAAAACCAUACUGUAUAAUAGUCUUCAAAACUUGAACUUCGCAGCUCCAUCUUUCUCCGUACUCAUCAAAGUCCUCGUCCUGCUGUGGGUGGCCGGCAGUCCCUCGUCCACUUUGAAAAAAUGCUACACUCUGUUCGAGUUCCAUUUGUAAUACUACUGGUGGCAUUAAGCAUACCUUGUUCGCAAGCUAUCCGGAAAAAUGGAUCUCCUAAGAUAAAAUCUGCUGUUUUUCUAUCCCCUAAAUUUGUGCUGGGGCCAGGAUCAGUGGUGGACACAUAUUACUACAAUAUUGACUGGCCAAGUGGUCAUAUUGCCCUCAAGGGUUUCAAUGCUGAAGUGGUUGAUGAAGCAGGCCGCUCUGUCCCUCUUCAUGAAACUUAUCUCCAUCACUGGGUCCUUGCAAGGUAUUACCAACGUACAGAUGCAACAAAUCCAGAGCAUGAUGGUCAUAAGGAGCUCCACCAAUCUGAUCAUAUUUUGGUGAGGAACAGCGGAAUAUGUCAGAAGAAUGCUGUUGGACAGUAUUAUGGCCUUGGAUCUGAAACACGAGGAACAGCAACAGAUGUUCCGGAUCCUUAUGGAAUAGAGGUUGGCAAUCCCGCAGAUAUUCCUGCUGGGUAUGAGGAGAGGUGGUUGCUUAAUGUCCAUGCAAUUGAUACAAGGGGUGUGGAAGAUAGGUUGGGAUGCACUGAAUGCAGGUGUGAUCUAUAUAAUGUUACAAAGGAUCAGCGUGGCCAGCCAUUGAGGCCAGACUAUAUAGGAGGUUUGUCAUGCUGCUAUGAUCAUACGCAAUGCAGAGUGAGAGAAGGCUUUGAGGGUGCCAAGAGAAGCCUUUACAUGAGAUACACAGUGAAGUGGCUUGAUUGGGAUGAUUUUAUAGUGCCUGUUAAGAUAUAUAUACUUGAUGUCACUGAUACUUGGAAAAGAUUGGAGAAUUCAACAGGACAAAAUUCAGAACAUGAAUGCCAUGUUGAAUAUAACAUUGAAUCUUGUGCAUCUGGUAUGGCUGAUAAUGGAUGCACUGACACAAAAAGGACAAGCCUCGCUAUGCCAACUGGUGGUUCUGUCAUCUAUGGCGUUGCCCAUCAACAUUCAGGGGGUAUUGGUAUAGCUCUUUAUGGAGAGGAUGGACGAGUUAUAUGUUCUUCGAUACCAACCUAUGGAGAAGGAAAGGAAGCAGGAAAUGAGGCUGGUUAUAUUGUAGGAAUGUCCAGUUGUUAUCCUCGACCAGGCUCUGUCAAAAUAAAUGACGGGGAGACUCUGGUUCUGGAGUCUAAUUACAGUAGCACCCAAAAGCACACAGGAGUCAUGGGGCUCUUCUAUAUUUUGGUUGCAGAAGAAUUGCCAAAGCCCAUGGUUUCACUACGCACUCCAUUUGCAAAGUCAAUUAAUCAGGUUUGGGAGCGGCAGUAGCUGUUGCUGCUGGUGUCUGCCAUCAGCUUUGGACAGAGAAAGAAAAUAUUUACCAAUUACUUGUUAAGUUGUUCUUCGAGCAUUAGUUAUGGGUCUGGCACGAGAGAGAGAGAGAGAUUACUGGUUAUGUAAUCCAUGUAGAAUCUACUGCCUUUGAGAUGGUUUUAUGCUGUAUAUACAUGCAACCCUAUGAACUUUUGUAUGAUUAUCAGUGACAGCAAUAAAUACUGUACCUUUUUAAGCAA